GCCCUGGUUAAUUUGACAGCCUAUUUGGGCUCAAACUCUGGCGACAAUGUUGGAUCCGGCAUAGCAAGUUGGCCUGGCAGUAAAAGGAGGAAAGUGAUGCUCGGGAGAGCAGACAAAGGCGCUGGGCUGUGAAAUCGACGCCUUCCGAGUAUUCCCCUUUGAUGAUGAUGGAUGACUUGAGAAGUCCAUGCCCUGUGGAUUCGACUUCACUUAACAGUUCCUGACCCGGGACUGUGGCUCUAUGUGGUCAUGCAUUUUUUUUUGUUUAAUUUUAGAUAUCUGCAUUAUAAAAGGCAGAUUUUAUCAGAGACUAUUUGUGGACUGGGGUACAUUUUCUGCAGGAAAAUUUAAGUUUAGAAUUUUAAUGUUCUUCAUAGCUGGGUAAGACCUAGGGACAUAUAGUAAAACUGUCUCCUUUGCCAUGUAUGGAAAAUGCCUUUAUUUGAUAGUUAAAAUCAAGUGGAUCUGAAAUUAUAGCUCUCAAGUUCAGUCGACCGUUUUUCUAUGAAUCUUGAUUAAAAGGUGCACAUGUAAGAUCAUUUAAUUAAGAUGGUGAUUUAAAUGGAAAGAUGUCGUGGUAAAAUUAGCAAAGUUGUUUAAAAUGUGUUAUCAUUAGAUGAAUUUUUAGGUAUUUCCUAGCAGUUCAUUGUGGCCUGACAUUAACACCGUCACUAUUCACUCUGGCAUUCAUAACUAAACCAGGGUUAGUGUGUGUUUCGAAUUGUGUGCAGUGGCAUUCAAAACUAGAACAGGAUAAUUUGUGUCUUGACUUUGGUACAAUCUAAUGUGUCAGCAGACUUUGGAGGUUUUAAAGAAAUAGUGUAUUGUAAGAAAUACUUGGAGUCUCUUAGAUAUGUUCUAGAUGUUACUGCCUAUUGAUAAAUGAUAACCUUGUUCUACUAUGGCAAGGGCAGAGAGGUUUAAGCAUUAACUUUUAUUUGGCAAACUAGAACAAAGUUUAGGUCUCUUGGAUUGGAAUUCAAUAGUUUUGUGCCUGACACUUAGAUAAGGUAGUUUUUAAGUUAGGAUGUGUUGUGAGAAGCAUUUGGAACUUGGUAUCUACAUAUUUCUGUGAAAUGUCUCCAAUUGUAGCUGAAUUUAUGUCCUCAAGGUCCAUCCCUUUUGAAUUUAAAAAGUUUAAGGUCAGACAAAGUGGUACUUAUCAUUUGCUUCCCCAAAUAUUUAGAGUUAAAAAUCUGCCAAGUCAGUAGGAAUCUUGGAAUUUGAAUGUUGACAGGUGUUUCAAGGAGUGCCAUUGAUGGUUUUUGUUGAAGUGUUGGGUGUGGAUAUUAACUUGUUGAAAUUAGGCUUUUUUUUGUACUGCAAACAAAUUAAUAGUAAACCUCAAUUUUAAAAUGUAGUGUGUGCCAUUGAUUUUAUUGAUUAACCUUUCAAACUUUUAUGCACAAUGGUGCUUACGUUUAAGGUAACAAAAAUUUAUCUGUACAUUAAUAUUAAGUAUAGUGAUUCAUUUGGCACAUUUUAAAAGUUAUCUGGUAAAUAUUGUUUUUGAAAGUACCACAUAUAAGUUUUCUUAGUACUAAGUUGAGUUUUUUCCCAGUAAUGAAUAUUGGCAAUCCCAAUAUUCCUAAUUAGCUUUUAUAUUGUUUAUUUCUCUAUUAUUAUUGUUUCUGUGAUGUAAGUAUGUAGGGUAGUUUUUUGAAGUGGCUGUUAACAUAAUAAAAUUCCAAAGUUGAUAGUUUUUUGUUUUGUGUGUGUUUGAAUUUCAAUAUUCUACUGUUGUAAGCAUAUUGGACAAGAAUUGACACUGAUUUUAUUGUAAUUUUAGGGAUGCUAUAGUAGUUCCUUAAUUUCAUCAUAAUAGCAUUUGUUUCUGUAUUUGCCAUAUGAGGAAUCUGUAUCCAAAUGGUAGCCAUUGACUUGGAUUUAUUGCAUAAUAAUUGAUAGUUUUACAGUUUUGAUAUUUUUAUUUACUAUACCAUUUUGAAUUUUUGCUUUGUUUGACUUAGUAUUAUGUUUUGGGAAGGAUGGAGAAUGUCAAGGGAGUUGGACAUAGGUCUGAACUAUAUGUUUAGGCCAGCAUUAGGUGAAGUGAUGGAAGGUCUUUAAAAAUAUUUGAUUUUCAAAUUGAUGUUUUACUUAUAAAACAGAUUUUUAAAAAAAGUACAACUUAUGUAUAUCAGCAUGUGAUAAGCCUAGACUUUACAAAAUGAUAGAAUUCAGUGAGCUUCGGUAUAUUUUAUACACUCAAGUAAGCACCACUACACUCAAAAUAUCUAUUUCCUUCAUACCUUUUCAUGCUAAUAGAGUAGUGUAAUUUUUUGCAUACAUGUUUACUUUUUAGUAACAUACUGUCUGCCUGGUGUUAUACGUCUUUUUUUUUUUUUGCAGAAGUAUAAUAAUGUUCCCAUAAUUGUGAUGCUUUACAUUUUUUUUUUUUUUACUCUGGUAGGUAAUUCUGAAAUGGAUGUCAGGUAUUGAGAUCAGUUACAGAGUUCAGGGAUUAAUUAUAUUUCAUUUUCUUUCCACAGUUAAGUUGCUUUUACAGAAUUAACAGGUCUCCAAGAAAUAAAAGGAAAAGGUCAUUAUUGCUGUGGUUUGAGCUCAGCAUGGCUGUAGUCAUCCGUUUACUGGGGCUUCCUUUUAUUGCGGGGCCUGUGGAUAUCCGUCACUUCUUCAAGGGAUUGACUAUUCCUGAUGGAGGAGUGCAUAUAAUUGGAGGGAAAGUUGGGGAGGCUUUUAUUAUUUUUGCAACAGAUGAAGAUGCGAGACGUGCCAUAAGCCGUUCAGGAGGGUUUAUUAAGGAUUCAUCUGUAGAGCUUUUUCUUAGUAGCAAGGCAGAAAUGCAGAAGACCAUAGAAAUGAAAAGAACUGCUCGUGGAGGAAGAGGGCGGCCGGGACCAGGGGCAUCAGGGGUUAGCAACCUGUAUCAUUUUAUUGAUGCUAUGAAGGAAGAGGAGAGUUAUUCUGGAUAUGGCUCUUCAACUAAUCAAGAUGCUGGGUUUCAUACUAAUGGUACAGGACUUGAUGUAAGGCCAAGAAAGACCAGGCCAUCGAAGGCUGAGAACCCUUACUUGUUUCUACGAGGUUUGCCUUACUUAGUAAAUGAAGAUGAUGUACGUGUCUUUUUCUCUGGUUUGUGUGUGGAUGGAGUAAUUUUCUUAAAACAUCAUGAUGGCCGAAAUAAUGGUGAUGCUGUAGUAAAAUUUGCAUCAUGUAUUGAUGCUUCAGGAGGUCUUAAAUGCCAUAGAAGUUUCAUGGGGUCAAGAUUUAUAGAAGUAAUGCAGGGCUCAGAACAACAGUGGAUUGAAUUUGGUGGUAAUGCAGCUAAGGGUGGUGACGUUCCUCGUAUGAGAGCUGAAGAACAUUCUCCUUCAAGAGGUAUCAAUGAUAGACAUUUUCGAAAACAGACUCAUUCAAAAUCUCCUAGAAGAACACGUUCUCGCUCUCCUCUUGGAUUUUAUCUUCACUUAAAAAAUCUGUCCUUAAGCAUUGAUAAAAGAGAUUUAAGAAAUUUCUUUAAAGAUACUGACCUGACUAAUGAACAGAUUAAGUUUUUAUAUAAAGAUGAACGAAGAACACGGUAUGCCUUUGUAAUGUUCAAGAAUCUAAAAGACUAUAAUACUGCCCUGGGUUUGCAUAAGACUGUUUUACAAUAUCGUCCAGUUUUUAUUGAUCCAAUUUCUAGAAAGCAAAUGGUGAAAUUCAUUGAAUGCUAUGAAAAGAAGAGACCAGGAAUGGUAGAGAAAGGAAGGCCUGGACGUGUUUCACAAAAGUUCUUUGAAGAAGGCUGCUCUGGUCAGAAACUGUACAUAUAUAUAAGAAACUUUCCAUUUGAUGUCACAAAAGUUGAAGUGCAGAAGUUCUUUGCAGACUUUGCCCUUGUUGAGGAUGACAUUUAUUUGCUUUAUGAUGACAAGGGAGUUGGUUUGGGAGAAGCACUGGUGAGAUUUAAAUCAGAAGAACAGGCCAUGAAAGCUGAACGUUUAAACCGCAGAAGAUUCUUAGGGACAGAGGUGUUGUUGAGACUUAUAUCUGAGGUACAAAUGCAGGAGUUUGGUGUAAAUUUUUCCUUUAUGUGCAAUGAGAAAACACAAGCCCGUUCCCAAUCACACAAGAGAGAUGACUGUUCCCGUCUGUUUGACUUAAAAGACUCGCCAGUAUGUUCACUAGGCAGGUCUGAAAGCAUUGGUUACCAGUCAGAAGACUUAAGGCAUCCCCACAGAUAUUUCCAACAGUCUGACAGAAGCCCUCCAGAAGACUUCCGGCACUCUCCUGAGGACUUCCGACACUCUUCAGAAGACUACAGGCACCCCCGGGAGGAACACAUCAGGCGCUCAAGGGAGGAAGACUGGAGAAAGUCUCUAGAGGAUUGGAGAUGGUCACCAGAAGAUGACUUCAGGCACUCUCAUGAAAAAGAUUUUAGGCAGCUACCAGAGGAUGAUUUUAGAUACCCUUGGGAGGAGGACUUCAGACGGCCACCUCAGGAGCACUUCAGGAGGCCAUCCCAGGAGCACUUUAGACGGCCACUCCAGGAACAGUUCCGGCUUUCCCGAGAGGAGUAUUUCAGGCAUAUGUCAGAUGAAGACUAUAGGCACCCUUCUGAUGAGGACUUCAGGACCCAAGAAGAUCUGAGAUGUCCCAUUGAUGAGGACUUCAGGCAGCUCUCUGGGGAAGACCUCAGGGAAGUACCAGAGGACGGCCUUAGAGUUCCUGAUAGUUUUAGAUCUCCUGGUGAGGAUUUUUGGACCUCACCUGAUUUCAGAGGUCACCGUCCUUUUAUGAACUUUGGUCACUUAGAAGGUGGCAAGUUUGAUCUUGGAAAGCAUAAUAUGGGAUGUGUUCCUGAGGGAAGAUUUAUGCCUGAUCUAAAAUUAAGUUGUAGUUCAGGUAGAAUAACUCCUGUUAAGAUCAUGAAUCUUCCAUUUAAAGCUAAUGCUAAUGAAAUUUUAGAUUUUUUCCAUGGUUAUAAAGUCAUACCUGACUCAGUUUCAAUACAAUAUAAUGAGCAAGGGUUACCUAUAGGAGAAGCCAUUAUUGCUAUGAUAAAUUAUAAUGAAGCUAUAGCUGCUAUUAAAGAACUAAAUGGUAGACCAGUUGGUCCCCGCAAAGUUAAGCUCAUUUUGCUUUAGAGAGCCUUUCUAAGUCCAUAGUUUUCUUCCACAGUAUUGUUGCAGUAAAAACAUACCUUUCUUAAAAAUUUAUUUUUAAUUAUAUAAUUAAACAUUUUCAUUUUAAUCUGUGAAUAGACAAGCUGUGUUAUGUAAAUCUGGAUUUCCUUUGCUUACAAAUGGACAUUCUUUUUCUCUCUAAUUUAAAAUUACGUAUGCUUGUUUUCUUUGAUAGGGGAGUGGAAACAAUUUUCCUGAAUUCCUUAGUUUCAUUGAUGUUAUGGAUAAACCCUCGUCUUGUGAAAUGUGGAGUUAUGUUUGGGGAAGGUAAAUUUAUCUUUAAUUUUGUUUUCACCAUCUUUUUCUCAGACUGUAUAAGGAAAUGAUGGAUGACUGACUGACUGUUCAGGUUUGGCACUUUAAUUGCUACCUGCCUGCAGAACUCCCUUUUGUUUGAGAUAUUGUGUUAAGGUCUCCCAUUAACUCUAAAUAGUUCAGAAAAUGAACAUACUGUGAACUUGAAAUUUACUUAUGUGAAAGGCUUAGGAAAUUCCCAACAUUUGUGUUCAUAACUUUGAAAAGUUUUAUAAAAUAAAAUUGCAAUUGAAAUACUUA